ACGUCACUCGUGUUGAAGUCCUCUUCGCAGCCAGGAAAGCACUUGGCACAAGUUUUGGUACUCAGCUUAGUGAGCCUUCUACCUGGCCAAGGUCUUGUCCGCGGUCCCUAGCCCACAAAAAACAACGCCGGUAACCGGCGAGGUCGUAACUGUUACUGAUCGAUGAUGGCCUCGCAGAAAGGGAUAUUUGCUGGCGUUUUACUAUGUCUCGUCGUGUCCAUGACUCUAGCUUUACAGGUGUCCAUCCCUGAGCCGUCCUAUGAGUUCGCCAGGGGAGACAACAUCACUAUACCAUGCAGCUUCAAACCCAAGAACCCAAUCAACAAUCUGGUCAUCAUAUCCUGGUUGACUGAAGCAGACAAACCCGGAGAGCCAGAGGAGUCCAUCCUUACCUUCUACUCUACUGAUGAACUGGACAUCAGUGACAGGUAUGAAGGAAGAGUUUCCCUGGAGCAGGACAUGGCUAAAGGAGUAGCCAACCUGAAGCUCUCCUCCAUCGGUCUCCAGGACAACCGACUAUUCGAGUGUCGGGUCUCCAUCCCCAAGGAUGACACGGGUCAGCUGGCUGACACCACCCGUCUGGUGGUCCUGGUGGCUCCCUCUGUACCUAUCUGUAAGAUCGAUGGGAGGGCAGAGUACUUCCAGAACAUCAGUCUCACCUGUCUGUCUGAAGAGGGCUCUCCUCUUCCUACCUACAAGUGGCAGGGCUACGACGUCAAAAACAUGCCCAGAGCACCUGCACCCAGGACAACGGACAAGGAUGGUGUCCUGUCUCUCUUCAACCUCACCAUGGAAUCCUCAGGAUACUACGUCUGUACCUCCACUAAUAAGAUCCGCAGUGCCAAAUGCAACCUGACGCUGUCCGUCAUGCCACCGUCUAUGACCUUGGGUUCAACAGCAGGUAUCAUUGGAGGCGUUGUGGUUGGUGUUCUGGUGCUGCUCAUCAUCCUCAUCUACUGCUGCUGCUGCAGAAAGAAGAAGGACAAAGCAGAGGAGUACGCUAUGGGGGUUCCAGAGGGGGAGGAGUUCCACGACGACAAACCCGUGGUGAACGGCGAGGUUCGCCAGACACGCAGCGAGGAAGGUGACGAUGAAGACCACCCACCAAAGAUUGUGGACCGCCGCGACCAGUACAAGGAACGCAGUGAGAAGGAGUACGAUGACCACCCACCCAAGAUCGUGGACCGUCGCGACCAGUACAAGGAACGCAGUGAGAAGGAGUACGAUGACCGCCGCAGCGACUACGAUGACCGCCGCAGCGACUACGAUGACCGCCGCAGCGACUACGGUGACCGCCGCAGCGACUACGGUGACCGCCGCAGCGACUACGGUGACCGCCGCAGCGACUCCGGUGACCGCCGCGAGCGCUAUGAUGACCGCAGGAACCAGGACGACCGCUACUCUGACCGGUACGAUCGUGAUCGUGUUUACGAUGAACGCAGCGACGGCGGACGGUACAGUGAUCGUUAUGAUGAGCCCUACGAUGAUCGUGACAGACCUCCCGGUGUACCGGCCAAUAAACCUGCUAAGCCUUCUAACAAAUAGAAUAGAUUAGAACCACUUAAUGUUUCCCGCAACUUGUUUUUGGAGUGGUUUAAAAUAUAAAUAAAUAUUAUAAACAUAGUAGCUGCUGUAGGUCAGGCUUCACAAAGGGCCUAGCUACUAGGCUGAACUUGGUUCCACAAAUAACAUGACGACAGUAACAAAGUAAAAGCCUAUAGAUCAGGGAUCAUCAAACAGAUUCAGUCGCCGGAUGGUGUUUCUCCUUCAGCAUAAGUUCAGGGGCCCGGAAACAUAAUUAUAAAUCAUUUGUAGACGGCAAAUUGACUGCAAGAAGCCGAAACGGAUGUAAUAUUUGACAAAUAUAUAAUCAUUUAGAACCUUGCUUACAUUUUGUAUACCAUCACAUAUAUAUCGCUCUUAUGUGAGGGAAUACUUGAACAGAUUUCCAAAAUUAAAAUCACUUGGAGCUGAUUUCCUGGUGUUUGUACAGUCUUAUGUUCAACAACAGCAAUUCUACAAAAAAAUAUAUAUAUAUAAUAUUUUUUUUGGUUCAUAAAUCUUGGGGGGCCAAAUAAAAGGGUCUGUCAGUUGGGGAACCCUGCUAGAGACCAUGCCGACUAGAGGAGUAGCGGCAUUGUAUCACUGUUAUCUAUGUAAAGGCCUUCUAUGUGGAGUACAGCCUAUGAUUGAAGGAAGGGCGGCCUCAAUUCAGUUCAGUAGUCAGGAAGCGAAUUGGAAUGCUGAUUCAAGAUUUGAAAAGUGCUAUCUAGUAUUUUCAAUUAGGAUUUUUCAAAAAAAAAAUAUUCUUGAAUCUGAAUUUAAAUUAGCUUUCUGUUACAAGCUGCCAUUGCCUGAAUAAGACUGUGUAUGAAUUCUCAGUGCCGCUUAUUGGAUAAUGCAUUUUUCCUCCUGCCUUGUCUACUGUUGGUGUGACAGAAGAGCUUUUCACGUCCGUCUCAGGUCUUGGCUGUUCGAGAACCACACGCUUUUUGGUGACGGUUAAUUAGUUUUUAUCAACUGUAGAUUGCUAAUACCCUCUAUGAAACGCUGGGGUUACAUUUAAUAUCGACGCUAAUGCCCUCUCAUAAAUGAAUAAAGUUAACCUUUUUAAUAGUUGUUUUCAUUACUUAGAAGUACUGUGUUUUGUACAUCUAUUUAGCGUCAUGAUGCUUGUUAAUACAGUGUUUCAGCUGUGAGCAGUGUAGUGCCAGGUGUCUCAGGUGAGUCUUCAUUAACAUAUUCAAACCAUGACUUGUUUUUGGAGUGAGUGAGUCAAUCAGGCCUUUUGAAAGAGAACCUAGAGCCCCAUUUUUAAGAACAGAGAAACUAGUUUCCCUCUGUGGCAUGUGCCUGUCGUUUCACUUCCUCAUUAUAGCCUGAGGCCAGACAACAGACUCACUAAACUAGAAGUGGUUUUAUUGGGUUCAGACCUAUUAAAUGGGUCUGUCUGAGUGAGGAGUUUUUAUCUAAGGAAGAGAAGAUAAUCUUGCCUUUAAUCUUUGCCAAAAAUGUCUAACCUUUGUUUUGUUUUUAUUCAUUUGAAAUGUACAGGGACAAUUUAACUAGUUAAAACAUCAAAUGUUUGAAGUUUUGGUUAGAUGUGAUGGUACAAUUAUAAACUGUAAAUAAAAUGUAUCAUGUUUCUAAUCUGUGUACAAAUGUUUUCAUUGGGAUUACAGUGAAUUUACAUUAAAGCCAAAUGUAUCUAUUAAGCGGCCACAAUGUGUGUGGUUUCAGUGCAG